UUCAUUUGUUCUUUCUACGGUCCAUCCUUCGUCGCACUGCUUUUUGUUGGUGAGCAAAAAGCAAUGAAUCAGCGAGCUUCGAACCUGCUGGACGAAGCCCUAGGGCUGGUGGACGACGGGUCCAAGGCUUGGCCGCUGAGCGGGCGAGUGGUGCUGGUUGAGGACCGCGUCGAGACCAGCGCCGCUUUCGUUCUCCACCACCUCGUCAAGCGCGCUCUAUCCCCCCACUCCUCUAACGUCGUCGUCUUCCUCGCUCUCUCCCAACCCUUCUCUCACUACGAUCGAGUCUUCAGAAAACUCGGUUGCAACUUAGGUGCCCAAAGUGAGAAUAAUAGAUUCUUUUUCCUUGACAUGCUUAUGUCAGAGUUUCCAGAUGGAGAUGAAGGUGGGCUUGUUGCUUUGUAUGGGAAAAUUGAAAAAGUGGUCAGUUCCUUAUUACAAGAAAACAAGAAGUGUAUUACCAUUGUUGUAGAUGAUCUCUCUCUUAUGGAGGCAGCGGCUAAUGGCUUUUCAAAUUAUGUCUUAGACUUUCUGCAUUACUGCCACACAUUAACAUCAGCGUUUGGUUGUACAUUAGUUGCCCUUAACCAUGAGGAUAUCUAUUUAGGCAUGGAGAGGCCUGCACUUAUUUUACAGCUGGAGUACCUUGCAGAUAUUCUUAUGAAGGCAGAACCAUUGGCCACUGGUUUGGCGACAGAUGUGCAUGGACAGUUGACAAUUUUAAACAGAGGAAUGUGGGAUGGGCAAGGGAGUUCCAGAAACAGGAUAUGUAAUUUUCACUUCAGGGUCAAGGAGAACGGUGUUGAAUAUUUUUCUCCUGGUAGCAGGGCUUGAUGAGACAUCAUAUAAUGAAGAAUGAAUGUAUUGUUCAGUGCUCUCUCACUUGGUAGGCAAUUUUUAAGAUCUUAAUCGGGGAAAAAAUACCCCUGCCUUGAGAGGCUGCAUUCAUUUUAUGUCUGGAAAUAGAUGGAUUAUAACUUAACCUGUCUCAGCCUCAAGUUUUGAACGACUGACCAGGAAGGGACCAAGGGGUAGGCCCGAGUCCCAAUCCACGCACACGGCCAUGACGUUCUGGGCCCAUCACGUUUGUAUAUGCAUCGUUUUGAUCAUAUGUCAUGCUCCCUACUUUACUUUUAUGGCUAGACUUGGAUACAUUCGCAGAUGGAGGUCCUAAGCGACUGUAACCAAGUCAAGCCAUGAAAGUAGGGAGACCUACGAUCUAAGUGAUGCAUAUACAAAGUGAUGAGCCCGGAACGACCAACAUGGCUGUGUACGUGGAUUAGGACUCGGGCCUACCCUUUUGUCCCUUCCUGGUUGUUGUCCUUCAAUCUUUUUUUUGUUGGUGCCUCCAGACCAGAAGAUGCACAGAAAAUGGCGGCACUAAGGGCGGAGCUAACAGAAUCCUGGUUCAAAACUUGAGACAUCAGAUAUAGGUUCAAGUUAUAAUUCAUCUAUUUCCUGAAGAAUGUUAUGUUGUAUUCUGCGAAGAUGAAAAAGAAAAAGCCUUCACUCUGACAACUAGAAUGGACUUAUCCAAUAUAUUAGCACCUGACUGACUGAAAUGGUAUUUUGAACCCGUUGAUACA